UGUGUUCCUUUCAGAAUUGAUAUGUAUGUGGAAGGAAUGUUCGAYCUGAAUGAGUUACUCAUGACAUACGUUGUCCAACCAGCAGACAAGAAGGAGCAACAUUAUGCUAAUAUGAUGGACAAGACUGAAAACAGAUACCUCCCAGUCUUUGAGAAGGUUUUGAAAGACCAUGGAAAAGACUUUCUUGUUGGAAAAGGCUUCUGCAGGCUAGCAAAAGGUGUACCUGGCUACUGUCUCACUCCAAGUGAUAUCCGGGUCUUGCAGGCAUCUCCUGGAACUCACUCACUGUCCCCCACUUCAUGCCUAUGGAUCCCUGCUCUUUCAGCAGGUGCCAAUGGUAGAGAUCGAUGGAAUGAAGAUGGUGCAGACCAGAGCCAUUGCCAACUACAUCUCAACGAAGUACAACCUCUACGGGAAGGACCUGAAGGAGAGAGCCCUAGCUUYAAAGCAAGAAUAAGCAAUAUCCCCACAAUAAAGAAAUUCCUGCAGCCUGGCAGCCAGAGGAAACCUUUAAUACGAGAGGAAGAUGUACCCAAAGUGAUAAAAAUUUUCUACUAAGCAGCAGCCUAAAGCUACAGAAACUCUAUUUCAUUGUGUUUGCURAUAGUGGCAAAGUGAAAUUAAUGAAAACACUGUAAACCAGGGGUUUUGAUCUGUCUUUCCGUAGCUACAGGACUGGUUUUAGCCUACUGCCAACACUUCCAAGGUACAGCUACAUGAGCCUACCAAUAAGGGCAAUAGCUUACUGAUUAGGGGGUGAAUUGCACACCAGAGGAUGCCUUAAAUGACUAAAGAGUAUACUUGAAAUAAAAUCUUACCGUUGAUACUCAAA